AUGGACGUCCUUCAGAAAAAGCCUCAAAACCUUGCCAUUCACACAAACCCUUCACACGAUCUCCGUGUUGUGGAAUGUGAAAUCCCCAAGCUACGUCCAGACGAGUGCCUUGUCCAUGUCAGGGCCACCGGUAUCUGCGGGUCUGAUGUUCAUUUCUGGAAACAUGGUCGGAUAGGGCCUAUGAUCGUUACAGGUGAUAACGGGUUGGGUCAUGAAAGCGCCGGAGUUGUCCUGCGGGUCGGGGACGCUGUGACUCGUUUCAAGCCGGGUGAUCGAGUUGCUAUGGAGUGCGGUGUUCCCUGCUCAAAGCCCACCUGCGACUUCUGCCGCACGGGCAAAUAUCACGCUUGCCCGGAUGUGGUGUUUUACUCAACGCCACCUCAUCACGGUACCCUGCGCAGGUACCAUGCCCACCCAGAAGCCUGGCUCCAUCGCUUGCCCGAUCAUGUAACCUUCGAAGAGGGCGCGCUUCUCGAGCCUCUCACAGUCGCCUUGGCUGGUAUCGACCGUUCAGGACUCCGUCUCGCUGACCCUCUGGUCAUUUGCGGCGCUGGACCCAUUGGCCUGGUCACGCUGCUGGCAGCACAUGCGGCGGGUGCAGCGCCCAUUGUCAUCACAGAUAUAGACGAGAACCGCCUCGCUAAAGCAAAGGAGCUCGUGCCCCGCGUGCAAACUGUGCAUGUACAGAAGCAGGAGACUUCUCAAGAGCUAGGAGCACGCAUCGUCAAGGAGCUUGGACAGGAGGCGAAGCUAGUCCUGGAGUGUACUGGAGUGGAGAGCAGCGUUCAUGCGGGAAUAUACGCAACCCGCUUUGGCGGCCUUGUGUUCGUCAUUGGUGUGGGCAAGGAUUUCCAAAACAUUCCUUUCAUGCACAUGUCAGCCAAGGAGAUCGAUUUGAGGUUCCAGUACCGGUACCAUGACAUCUACCCCAAGGCCAUCAGCCUGGUCAAUGCUGGAUUGAUUGAUCUGAAACCACUGGUGUCUCAUCGGUAUGGGCUGGAGGAGGGAGUCCAGGCGUUUGCUACUGCAAGUAAUCCCGCUGCGAGAGCCAUCAAGGUCCAAAUUUUGGAUGAUUAG